AGAGAGGGGGAGCGCGCACAAGCAUCAAGUCCCCACCACCAGAUCCCACCAUCGUUCUACUGGAAGCUUCCCCAGUGCCGCUGGAAAAAAGACCAUAAAGCCGCAUAAAAAUGGACGGAACAAAGCCGGCCUUGGAGUCCAACGCGGAGGAACCUCAAGAUGAAGGACAGGAGAGCAAAGGAUGCUUUGAGUGCUGCAUCAAGUGUCUGGGCGGGGUGCCCUACGCCUCCCUGGUGGCCACCAUCCUCUGCUUCUCCGGCGUGGCCCUGUUCUGUGGCUGCGGCCACGUGGCCCUGACGGGCACGCUGACCAUGCUGGAGAACCACUUCUCCAAGAUCACCACCGACCACGCCACCCUCACCAUGGUGAUUCAGAUCUUCCAGUACAUCAUCUAUGGCAUCGCCUCCUUCUUCUUUGUCUAUGCCAUCGUCCUGCUGGCCGAGGGCUUCUAUACCACCAGCGCCAUCAAGAAGGAGCUUCAGAGCGACUUCAAGACCACCGUGUGCGGACGCUGCAUCACUGCCUUCUUCAUGUUUCUGACCUACAUCCUCGCCCUGGCCUUCCUCGCCAUUUUCGGCUUCACUGCCAUCCCGGUGUUCCUUUUUUUCAACAUGUGGAACACCUGUGCUGCCAUGAGGUCCCCGGACUCCAACAUCACCUUACCCGACUCCAUCUGCGUGGAUGUCAGGCAGUAUGGUAUCAUUCCGUGGAACGCCACCCCGGGGAAAGCUUGUGGCGCCACUUUGGGUGACAUUUGCAACACGAGCGAGUUCUACCUGUCUUACCACCUCUACAUUGUGGCGUUUGCCGGUGCCGGAGCUACUGUCAUUGCACUGAUUCACUAUCUGAUGAUCCUGUCGGCCAACUGGGCGUACCUAAAGAGCGCCGUCUCUACGCACGACUACCAGGACAUCAAGACCAAGGACGACCAGGACCUGGAGGCGGAGGCGCGCUCCAAGGAGGGCCAGAACUCGUCAUCCUACUCAUAAGGAUGAGCAACACCGCUCCGAGCACCGACCACACCCCCUCACACCGCCAACCGACCCCACCGCACCCAGCCCCUUCUUUAAAAGAAAAAUUAAAUAAUUAAAACAAAAACAAAAAACGAACCGUCCCCCAUCCUCCCCCAGGUUAUAUUCGAUAGUGCCGCAGACUCCUGAGUCUCUCUGCUCUUCCCUUCCGCCAUGUUGGAUAGCGUGGGCGUGUGUUCCCACCAGAAGGGAACAGGAUGGAGGAUCAGGAGAAACGGCCCAAAGAAGUUUCAGAACGGGUCGAGCUUGCCUGCCGGGGUUGGAGCUCACGUACGGUUUAUCGGCUUCCAAAGCGUCCAGGAGUUGCCGGGCUGCGGUCCAGGCCGCGAUGGCCUCGUCCUGCCUCUUGACACACGGCUCGCCGCGGCCUAAGUGAACAUUGUUUACUGUCGGCGCCCUCCGAGGGGAACCCAGACAGCGACCAACUUCCUCCGUUUUUUUGAUGUUUUAUAUGCAUAUAUAUAUAUAUAUGAAUAUGAAUAUACUGUGUGAAUGUGUGUGAAUGUUGUUGUUUUUUAAUACACUCUGAAAAGUAUGCCAGGUAUUAUCAAGCUCUUUCAUUUUAUGUUUUCCGGCGUUUAUUUUAUCUUCUUUUGACUAUUUACUCCUGCUGUUUAAAACAUUGUUGCUGUUCAGAAUAUUCCCUUAAAAAAUACAUAGUCAUGUUUUUUCAAAGAAGUGUAGCGUGCACAAUUUGACAUUUUGGGAAACGCUUACUUGUGCUCACAUUUCUUGACUUUCCCCCACAAAGUUCUCUUGGCAUAAAAAAAAUAAUAAAAUGUUGGAGCCUUUUAAAAAUAUGUGCAUUCAAAAAACAACUAUUAAGUUGUAUUAAUACUUCUAAUUAAAGAAAAUUAAGAACAAAAAUUAAAAAACAAUAGAUAAGCCAAGUACAAUUGCAACAGAGUAGAGUAGCUCUGUUUGCUAUUUUUUCAGUCUUAAAUGUGUAUGCUGGCUUGUGGAGUGUGCUAAUCAUUAUUGGUGCUAAAAAAAAAAAUAUUCUCAUCUGAAACGUGUCUAUAUUUAUUCCGGUUUUAAUUAAUUUAUAAUUUUCAAUAGUAUUUUUUGGGGGUAAAGCUUGUUUUAGAUCAGGGGUCACCCAACUUUUUGAAACCAAGAGCUACUUCUCGGGUACUGAUUAAUGCGAAGGGCUACCAGUUUGAUACACACUUAAAUAAAUUGCCAGAAAUAUCCAAUUUACUCAAUUUACCUUUAAUAGAUAAAUCUAUAUAUAUUUUAAAAAAUGGGUAUUUCUGUCUGUCAUUCCGUCGUAUAUUUUUUUUCCUUUUACGGAAGGUUAUUUGUAGAGAAUAAAUGAUGAAAAAAACACUUAAUUGAACGGUUUAAAAGAGGAGAAAACACGAAAAAUAUUCAAAUACAAUUUUGAAACAUAGUUUAUCUUCAAUUUCGACUCUUUAAAAUUCAAAAUUCAACUGGAAAAAAAUGGAGAGAAAAACUACCUAAUUUGAAUGUUUUUGAAAAAAAUUUAAAAAAGACUUUAUGGAACGUCAUUAGUAAAUUUUCCUGAUUAAAAUUAAUUUUAGAAUUUGUUUUAAAUAGGUUAAAAUCCAAUCUGCACUUUGUCAGAAUAUAUAACAAAUUGGACCAAGCUAUAUUUCUAACAAAGACAAAUCAUUAUUUCUUCAAGAUUUUCCAGAACAACAUUUUUCAAAGAAAUUAAAAAGACUUUGAAAUAAGAUUUAAAUUUGAUUCUACAGAUUUUCUAGAUUUGCCAGAAUAUUUUUUUUUUAAUUUUAAUCAAAAGUUUAAAGAAAUAUUUCACAAAUAUUCUUCGUCGAAAAAACAGAAGCUAAAAUGAAGAAUUAAAUUGAAAUGUGUUUAUUAUUCUUUACAAUAAAAAAAUCCUUGAACAUUAAUUUAAAUUGUCAGGAAAGAAGAGGAAGGAAUUUAAAAGGUAAAAAGUUAUGUGUUUAAAAAUCCUAAAAUCAUUUUUUAAAGUGUAUUUUUUCUCUAAAAUUGUCUUUCUGAAAGCAAGACCAGCUUGCUAGUAAAUAAAUAGAAUUUAAAAAAUAGAGGCAGCUCACUGGUAAGUGCUGCUAUUUGAGCUAUUUUUAGAACAGGCCAGCGGGCGACUCAUCUGGUCCUUACGGGCUACCUGGUGCUUGCGGGCACCGCGUUGGUGACCCCUGUUUUAGAUCAUCUUUGUCUAUACAACAUCAUACGUCCCCAGCCAAAAGUAACUUUUGUAAGCUGUUUAAAAAGGUUUAAUUAUUAUUGAACACCAAAUAUAUUCUGCAAGAAUCGGUUUGAAUCGAUAAUCAAUUCUGAAUCGAAUCGUCACCCCAAGCAUUGGAGCCAAGCAGAGUCGUAAGUUGUUGUGUAAUAUUCCCAUCCCUAAUAAGAACAAAUACAUCCCUAAAAUGGAAAAUAUCCGCUAAAACUGGAGGGAUGGAAAUUCCGUUGCCUCAAAAUAUAAUAAUAGUGUAUGUCUGCCACUCCCGAUUAUUUUUACUGACUGGCAGUGGGGCGAAAUAGCUCUUUAACAGUGUCUAAAACAGUGUUUCUUAAACAUUGUUGGGCCGCCAAAAAAUAUGGGUUUCUCAGCCAUGGGCCGCAGUACACUUUCCCACCAGUUGUGGCAGUAAUGACAAUAUCAAACAGUCUGAAUUUCUCAAGUGCAAAAAUUAUGACUAAAGAGGUGAAGCUGUAUUUCCAUAUGUUUUGUUUCAUUUUUUCACAUUUUAUUGAUUUUAGCACGACAUAAUUAUAUAUCGAUUUAUUAUUCGUCAGUCCCUUGCAGUACACUGCAAAAACUGAAAUCCAAGUAAGAUUAAAUAUCUCAAAUAAGGGUGAUAUUUGCUUAUUUUCUGUCUGAUAAGAUAAUUCUUCUCACUAAACAGAUUUUAUGUUACUUGUUUUAAGUGUUUUGGUCCUAAAUGAUCUCAGUAAGAUCUUGUUGAAGAGAUUUGAUGACCUAUAUUGAGUAAAACAUGCUUAAAACUAGAAUAUCAACUGUUGCAAAACUGUGUCAUCAACACUCACAAGUAUAAAACUAAUUUUUAAAGUAAUAAUUUCUUACUUUAAGCAUGAAUAAAAAAAAUAUGUCGAGUGCAUAUCAUUAUGUCAAGAUAAUGCCACUAGCAUUUACUUCAUUUAACAAUUUUUUUCAACAUAUUGAGCAAAAAGGUCUGUUUUUUUAUACCAAGAAAAGUGCCCUUGUUAUUAGUGAGAAUAUACUUAUUUUAAGGUAUUUUGGGGUUCAUUGAA